CCGUCCAGCCAGAGUUGCGAGGUGUUCCGUCACCCAACACAAGUGCGUCAGGUCGUUGAGCCGCGCGCCUAAGUGCGACCCGGUAACGGCGGCCACUACGGCCGGCCGGCCCUGUUUUUCUUAAUCCAUGGUUGCUGAUGUGCCCCCUCGAGAACCGCCUGUGCGGAUGGUGGCGCACUCCGGUGGUGUUCAGGUGGCGGCAGGAGCGCCCACGAGGUGUUCGACGAAAUGCUUCUUCGUUAUUUUUUCUUCUUCUGCGCGUUGGGAGGUGGAGCCAUGUCGGCCGGUGUGGACGACGUCCUGGAGCGGGAGAAGCGGCGUCAGGACUUCCGCCGUCCACAAGCUCACCAGUUGCGGCGGCAGCACGUGCCCAAGGGGCCGAGAUUGAACGAGGAGACCCAGGGCGGUUGCAGCGAACACAUUAGCAGCCUCGUCGACGCAUGCAGAAGAAGAAAAAACAAGUUACUCGGGCGGGAAUGUCCUUCGCAAGUUCUUGACAGAUGAUUCUUUUGCAUCGAUCUAGUUGGCUUAGGUAUCUUGAUCUGAAGCUGCUCUAUCACACCUCAAAUGGCCGGCCCUUUAUCUCUCUAUAUAUACCCCCUGCCCCCUCCCACAAAUAUACCUACACUGCACAUCGAUCUCUCCUCCACGCAUCUACACGUACCUACACCACGCACUCUGACCGGUUGCAGCUGACCGACGGCGGCGAGAGGGAUUCCUGUCGCGGUACGGCGGACAUGGCCGUCGAUGCGGCGCUCUGGGUGGUGAGCAAGGCGCUGGCCCCCGCAAGGGACGACCUGCUGGAGUCGUGGGCGGCCAGCUCCAAGCUCGGCACCAACGUCCAAGCCCUGAAGAUGGAGCUGUUAUACGCGCAGGGGAUGCUCGACAGUGCCCAGGGCAGGGACAUCGGCAGCCGGCCUGCGCUACGGGAGCUGCUGAACAAGCUGCGGCAGCUGGCGUACGCGGCAGAUGACGUGCUUGACGAGCUCGACUACUUCCGCAUCCAGGAUGCUAUCGACCGCACCAACCAUGCCGCCGACGCUGACGGCCUUGUUCGGAAUGCUUGGCAGACUGCCAGAGCGGCUGCCCAUAAGCUCAAGUUCGGCUCACGCUCGCGUGAUGAUCCAGCUAGCGACGAAGAAGAUGAUGCCAAACAAGGAUGCCUCCCCAACAUUCGCCCGUGCGAUGGGCGAGGGCGUGAGAUUGGAUGCAUGCCUAAGAUCGGUAAACACUUUCCAUGCCACUCUUUUCCGUCUGUUUGCGGUAAUGAUGUCGCUCCUACCGUUGUGCUGGAAUCCUCUGACAUGACGAGGGGACGGCGAUUUCUCUGUGGUGUCCUACCACCAAAAUGGAAGUUUAAUCGUGUAGAAAUGUCCCAAAAAAUGAUGGAAAUAGUCCAACAGCUGAAACCCCUUUGUGCUAAGGUCUCCACCAUCCUUAAUCUUGAGCUACUAGGCUCCACCCAAAAAGAAAAAACAAGCAGAUCCAAAACCACCCCAGGAAUCGUAGAGCCUACGCUUUAUGGUAGGGAUGGUAAGAAAAAAGAAAUUAUAGAUCUAAUAUUAACAUACGAUAAGUAUUGUGGAGAUGGACUUACAGUUCUUCCAAUUGUUGGUCCAGGCGGUAUAGGGAAGACAUGUCUCAUCCAACACAUAUAUAAAGAGCUGGAGAGCUCUUUCAAAGUUCUGAUUUGGAUAUGUGUGUCUCUUGAUUUUAAUGCAAAUAGAUUGCUAGAAGAGAUUAAGAAAAAUAUUCCUGAAGUUGAGGAUGAAAAAGGAAGUACUGCCGAGCGAAUCAAACAAAGAUUAAAAUCUAAGCGGUUCUUACUUGUCUUAGAUGAUAUGUGGACAGAUAACGAGCACGAAUGGGGAAAACUAUUAGCUCCGUUAAGAAAUAACGAGGGAGAAAAGGGUAAUGUUGUUAUGGUCACCACUCGAAAACCACGGGUAGCAAGCAUGGUCAGCUCAACUAAUUCUCUGAUUGAGUUAGAACGUCUAAGCGAGAAUGAUAUUAUGUCAUUCUUUGAAGUAUGUGUAUUUGGUGACCGAGAACCAUGGAAAGGCAACUAUCUUGAAUUACGUGAGGUUGGAAAAGAAAUAGUGAGCAAUUUAAAAGGUUUCCCUCUUGCCGCGAAAACAGUAGGUAGAUUAUUAAGGAACAGACUUACAUUGGACCAUUGGACUAGAGUUGCUGAAAGUAAAGAAUGGGAAUUAGAAACCGAUCCUGAUGACAUUAUGCCAGCUCUAAAGCUUAGCUAUGACUAUCUCCCUUUUCAUCUACAACAAUGUUUUUCCAAUUGUGCAUUGUUUCCAGAAGAUUAUGAAUUUGGUAAGAAAGAGUUGUUUCACUUCUGGAUUGGACUAGGUAUUUUACAUUCAGACGAGCACAAAAGAGCUGAAGACGUUGGACAAGGCUAUUUAGAUAACUUGGUUAAUCAUGGUUUUUUUAAGGAGAAUAAAAACAAGGAUGGCCCUUGUUAUGUUAUCCAUGACUUGCUGCAUGAGUUAGCAGUGAAGGUCUCAUCAUAUGAAUGCCUUAGUAUACGUAGUUCUAAUGUGAACACCGUUCAAAUUCCCCGCACCGUACGUCACUUGUCUAUCAUCGUAGAUAAUGUUGAUGUCAAGGAUAGAGGGACUUUUGAUAACUAUAAAAUUGAUUUGGCCAGAAGGCUAGGUAAAAAUUUGGAUGUUCAGAACCUACGCACUUUGAUGUUAUUUGGAGAAUACCAUGGAAGCUUUAUUAAGGCUUUCAGGGAUCUGUUUAGGAAAGCUAGAGCUAUUCGAACUAUUUUACUGUCUGGAGUGUCGUAUUCUGUGGAGGACAUAUUGCAGAAUUUUUCAAAACUUAUCCAUCUACGCUACCUAAGGGUCAUAUCAAACGCUAAAGUGUCCUUACCCAGUGUAUUGUUUAGAUUAUAUCAUCUAGAGGUCAUUGAUCUAGAAAAAUGUUAUGCCGACUUUGGUUUGACAUGGCAUAUGAGCAACCUUAUAAAAUUGCAUCAUUUUCUUGUGUCGGAAGAUCAACUUGAGCUUCACUCUAACAUAACUGAGGCAGGGAAACUAAAAUUCUUGGAGGAACUGAGGAGAUUUGAAGUUGGAAAAGAAAGUAAGGGUUUUGAACUUAGACAACUAAGGGAGUUGACAAAGCUUGGAGGAUCACUUGGUGUUUAUAAUCUUGAAAAUGUGCAAGCAAACAAGGAGGCGGAAGAACAAAAAAUCUUGCAUAAAAAAUACUUACACGAGCUACUAUUAGAAUGGUCUAACAAUGCUGCACCACAAGAAGAAGACAUUCUUGAGAGUCUUGUACCACAUCAAAAUCUUCAACAUCUAUGCAUUAAAGGUCAUGGCGGUGCUAAUUGCCCAUCAUGGCUAGGUCGGAACCUUUCAGUGAAAAAUUUGGAAUCUCUUUGUCUGUGUGAUGUAUCUUGGAACACACUUCCACCUCUUGGGGACUUCCAAACAUUGAAAAAGCUAAAAUUAGAUAACAUACGAAACUUGAAAAGCUGGGUAAAAAAUGACAAUUGCCAUUUUUUCUCUUGUCUAGAGGUUGUCGAAAUUAAAGAUUGCCCUGAACUCGUGGAGUUGCCGUUUUCACUUCCUUCUUGCUGUCAAGCAGAGAAGGAGAGCAUGAGAACUUUGUUUCCUAAACUACAGAACCUGAAGAUUGUAAACUGUCCACAGCUAUCCUCGUUGCCUGCUAUCCCUUGGUCUCCUGUCCCAUGCUCUAUUGAGAUAGAAAAUGCAGGAUCAGUUUUUGAGAAACUUGUUUAUUCCAAAGACGAUGAAUCAAAAUUAAGCCUAGCAAUUGUGGGAAAAGAUCGUCAGCAGAGCAUUCUCUGGAGUGGGUUGGCUUUUCACAAUUUACCUGAUCUGGAAGUGUUGACUCUAGUUAAUUGCCCUCCCCUGCCGCUGAUUCACCUAGAAAAACUGAAGUCUCUAAAGACACUCAAUAUGCAUAAUAUGGGUAGCACCUUAUUGUGGUUUGAAGGUGAAAGCCAUAAAAUGGAAUCUCCGUUUCCAGUUGAAAGCAUGAAGAUCUCGUGUUGUGGUGCUAAUGGGAAGGAGUUGACACAUGUGUUGUCUCAUUUUCCGAAGCUCACAUAUUUGGAUAUACGCGAAUGUGAGAAGAUAACAGGUAUGGUGCUUGAGCAUCAGAAGGUGGCCACGUCACCUUCAGCAAAGAAAACAGAGCUGGCACAUCGUACUGGGCACCAACAGCAACAGACUACAGGAGAGGAAGAAGUCACAGCAGAAAGAGAAGAACUGCUCCUCCUGCCUCCCCAACUACAAGAGUUGUAUAUCUGGUAUUGCUCUAAUCUGGUCUUGUCCACUUCACUGGGCUUCGGAGGAGAAUUCCAAAGCCUCUGCUCCCUCCGCUGGUUGACCGUUGGUUUUUGCCCCCAGUUCUUCUCCUAUUCGUCCUCCGCCUCCUCUUGUUCCCCUUUCCCGACCUCCUUGCAACACCUCACUCUUUGGGAUGUGGGGGGCACAGAGAUGUUGCUUCCUCUCUCAAAUCUCACCUCUCUCACCAGUCUACGCGUGCAUAGCUGUGGGGAUCUGAGAGGUGAGGGCUUAUGGCCUCUCGUUGCCCAGGGCGGCCUCACAACUUUAGACAUCGAAGAUGCCCCUAAAUUCUUCUCCGGUGCCGAGCCCUCAUGGCCCGACGAUGAAGAGAGCAGUUCCUCUUCCUCCAGAGUCGAGUCUAUGGUGAUACCCUGCUUCGCGGGAGUCUUUACUCGGCCAAUCUGCAGACUCCUCUCUUCCUCCCUCACCAAAUUAAUCUGUUGGGAAGACAAAGAGGUGGAGCGCUUCACGGCGGAGCAAGAGGAGGCCCUUCAACUCCUCACAUCCCUCUGGGAACUCAAAUUUUGUGACUGCGAGAAGCUGCAGGUCCUCCCUGCAUCGCUAUCCAAGCUUACCAACCUCAAGAAAUUAUACAUCCAGGGGUGUCCAGCCCUCCGGUCGCUGCCCAACGACGGCUUCCCGAGUUGUCUGGAGACAUUAAGCAUCUGUGAUUGUCCGGCCAUCAAAUCUCUUCCCGACCACGGCCUCCCGAGUUCUCUACAAGAAUUAGAGAUUGAAUCAUGUCCAGCCAUCAAAUCUCUGCCAUCAAAUCUCCCUUGUUCUCUGCAAGAAAUAGACAUUAUCAAUUGUCCGGGCAUCAAAUCUCUGCCCGACCACGGCCUCCCGAGUUUUCUACAAAAAUUAGAGAUUGACACAUGUCCAGCCAUCAAAUCUCUGCCAUCAAAUCUCCCGAGCUCCCUGCAAGAAUUAGUGAUUUGCCGUUGUCCGGGCAUCAAAUCUCUGCACAAAGAAGGCCUUCCAAGUAAACUACGGGUAUUAGAUGUCAGAUUUGGUGAUAAUAGCGAGGAGCUAAGAAGGCAGUGCGACAAGUUAAAAGGAACUAUUCCAAUUGUCAAGUGCUAAUCCAAGGGCUCUUCUUGGACUUGUACAUUCUUCUAGUCUACCUUCAUAGAUGCAAUUCUCUCUGUAUUGAAGCACGGUUCAAGGUGUACUUUCCAGUGCAAGCUUGAAGGUCUCCAAAUGUAUUACCAUGCUGGACAUGAACAGGUCCGCCUCUGCCAUGGAGUUGUAAAUUCUUCUUUCCUUGGGAGAAUUCCGGCACCAGGCACAUGUUUGGGUGGUAUCACCUCCUUAUACAUAAUAUGGGAUCUGUUUGGGAGCUGUGCCUUCUCAUAGCCUCCUAGAGAUCUGUCCAAGCUUCUUUGCACAGUUCAAGGAGUUUCCACUGCAAGCUUGAAGGUCUCAAUAUGUAUCUCCCUUCCUGUACAUCAACUGGCCUCUGCCAUUGAGUUGUAAAUCCUUCUAUCCUUCAAGAAUUUCAGUAACCAGGCAAUUCCCAUGUCAUGGCCUUGGGUGGUAUGGCCUCCCUGUACACAAGGGUAUGUCUUGGAGUUGUGCCUUCUCAUAGUCUCCAAGAGAUCCAUCCAUGCUUCCUGCCAAAAAAAAAGGAAAAUGAAAAGAGAAGUGAAAAAAGAAAAGAAGAGAGGAAAAAAUAAAGAAAGAGGAAAAAAAGAAAAGGAGAAAAAAGGAAACAAAAAAAUAGAAAAGAGGAAAAAAGGAAAAGGAGAAAAAAUCUCGGAACUCUCAAUUCAUAGUUGACACUUGUGUGUCUUAGUGUGGUAUUAUAUGAAAUGUAGUUGUGUAAUUGUACUAUAUAUAUUCUUUUAGGAAAAAGUAGGACUAUUAUUUAAUUUUCUGGUUCAGGACUUCCAUAAUCAGAACAAGGAUUUUCAGCGGAAAAAAAAAGAAUCAGAACUAGGAUUGGUUGCUUGAUAGGUGUGUCAAAUUUGGAAACGCUAGUAGGCGCCACCAAAACAGGAAGGAAAGAAAAGAGAAACCAACGAUUAGUAGCUGGUCCCAUUUGUGCUGGUUGUGGUUUGCACUGAAGCUGGACUUUAUAGAGUUCAAUCUACGUGGAAGUAAAAGUAUAGGAGGAGAUUGUAGUUUGUUCAACCAGUCAUCUGCCACUGCAAUAGCCAUACUAACAGAAAGGCACUGUCUUGUCUUGUGGAUGCAUUGUUGUCUAUUCCAAGUGUUUCUAGACCAAACACCGGGGUUAUAUUAUUCUUGAUCUCCAUGGUGCACACUGUGAAACAAAAGCAUCUAUUCGUCCAGUCACAAGUCAUAACCGAGAAUUGCUGCGAUCAAUAUCCAGGCCACCUGCGUUUCCCUUCAUACUUAACAUGAUGUGAUAUUGAAGGAACCAGCGAAAUUGUCAUCAUUUUCUUCGCAACAAGAGUUGCUCGUCUUGAAGUCUUCAGGGUCACAAUUUUUCCAGAAUUCCACUGCACCCUGAUGGCACAUUCUUAUAGUUUUUUCAAAAGAAAAAAGAAAUGAAAAAAGAAAUGAAAAAAGAAAAAAGAAAAAAGCAAAAAGAAAAAAGAAAAAAAGAAAAAAAGAAAAAAAGAAAAGAAAAAAGAAAACAAGGAAAAGGAAAAAGAAUUAUUUUCGAAAAAAGAAGUCCAAGUUCACUCACAGUUCACACUGUGGCUGGAGUGUGGAAGACGGAGUAUAGUGACUGCCCUUCACUAUGCAGUGGUGGCGUAGAAGGCGGUCCACAGAAGGCGGGUGGUGGCGAAAGGCAUGGGAGGGGCAGUGGCAAUGUUGGGCUCUCGCGGUGAAGGAUUUAGAGAUGAUGAUGACAUAAAAGCAUUGACGGCAUCCUUGUUGUUUGGUCUGAGUACAUGGAAGUGGUAUUGGUCAUGUCUGAUCUAUUAUUCCUUCAGUCGAUGACAAGGGCUUCAUAUAUUCUUGAUGGUCAGAUGUGCUCCUGGAAGACUAUUUCACCAAUGCGCUCCUUGAGCUGCAGUGGUUCCUAGGUGCAAUGGAAUCCGCCUUCUGAUAUGGUGAUGAAAAAGGGGUAACUAAUCCCCCCUUUGUUUUGGUGACUUGCAUUGAAGCUGCAGUUAACGAAGAUCAAUCAACCUGGAAGCUUAAGUAUUUUAUCGAAGCGCAGUGUUCUGCCACAGCAAUAGCCAGGGGAACAGAAUUCCAAGUGUUUCUGUACCAAACACCAGGAUUACAUAAUUCUUGAACUGCAUGGUGCACACUCUGAAACAAAAGCAUAUUUAGCUUAGACUAGCCUACUCAUAAUGGAGAAUUGCUGCAAUCAAUAUCCGAUCAGGCAUACUUAAUAUGCAGAUGUGAUAUCAAAUGAACCGGUGAAAUGGUCAAUCUUAUCCUCACAACAAGAGCUGCUGCUCAUCUUGCUUGAUUGAAGUCUUCAGUGUCACAAUUUCUGAGGAAUUGUGGGCACCCUCACAGCAAAUUUUUAUAGCCCCAUUCUUCUCUCAUAUAAAGAAAAAGAAAAAUGAUAAAAGGGAAAAAGAAAUAGAAAAAAAAGAAAAAAGAAAGAAAGAAAGGAAAAAUCUAGAAAAAAUAUAUCAGUGAAAGACACAGAGGAUAGUGACUGCCACUGUCCUCCUCGGUCUAGGUGGUUCACUAUGCUGUGGCAAUGUAGAAGGAGAUCCGUAGGCAGCAGUGGCGGACGAUGGGUGGCGGCAGAAGGUAUGAGAAGGGUAGUGGUAAUGUUGGCCGCUUGUGGUGGGAGAUUUAGGGAUGACGGUAGCGUAAAAGCAUAGAUGACAUCCUUGUUUGGAAUAAAAGCCUGGAUGUCCCUUCAGCCGAUGUCACAGGCUUCAUAUAUUCUUGCUGCUGUUCAGAUGUGCUCCGUGGAAAACUCGUUCAACAAUGUGCUCCUCGAGCUGCAGAGGUUCGUAAUCCAGGAUGGUGGUAAUCAAUGAUGCUUCUUGUCAGUUCAUUACAGCUACAAGCAAAGUGUAUGUCGAUGCGCUGGAGCUUGGCUCGUCCUACAGUGUGCUCAUCAAGCUUCGGUGGUUGCAAGGUGGAAUGCAAGCCCCCUUCUGAUGUGUUGGAAGUUAAAAAGUCCGCGGAGGCUUUGAUCCGGGAUUGAAAACAGGUUCGUCCGAGGUACUGAUGGUUGUUUGUUGAUGCUUCUGGUAAGUUCAGUGCAGCUACAAGAAAAUGGUAUGACGUGAUAUUGCCAGGUCAUGGGCCGGUAGGGAUUGAUUGAUGGUUUUGAACUCGCAAGCAUCCUGGGCUUGCAUGUUGGAACCGACUGCCAAGCCCUUGUGAUACAAUGGGAGAUGCAUCGGUAUCAUAGUUCCUUGAUUAUGGGAAUCCAUCAUCAAACAGGUACUCUGCUCACAUUUGCUUGAUUUUAGUCGGCUUCUGUGCAAAACAGUCUAGCUACGACAAACAUGUUUAUGGUCAGGCUGGCACUAUGCCUUGUGUUCUCUCUGAGUUGUAUUCGCAGGAUUGUAAUUUGAUUGGUUUUGAUGAACGCAGUGUCCAGCUUCAAGUUUCCUGUCUCUUAUUGUAAUUAGUGAGUGCACACACGUCCUUAUACAAUUUAAAAUAUGUCUUUUAAUUUUCUUUUAAUUUUCA